AUAAGAUUAUGAUAUGUUUAAAUAUCGCAACUAUAAAUGUGAAUAGUUUUGUUAUACUCGUAAUCGCGAAGUUGCAGGAGUGUGCAUUACUCUUUGAAGUGUAGUGAUCAUGUGGUUCAAAACUGUUAUUGUGAUUUGUGCAGUGGCAUGCACUCAAAUUGUUAAUGUUAAUGGUGAUUGCCCUGUGUUUCAUUGCCAACCAGAGCACCCAAACUAUGCAUAUUUUUACGGCUUAAAAGUAGAAUGCCCAGAAAAUUCCUUUUGUAAUUUUGAGAAGGAGAAUCUACCAUCAACCCCCUUAGAUCCUUGUUAUAAGCCUUGUGUGGAAUUGGGGUGCAAGCCAACCCUAGAUUAUACGUGUAUCAAAGAUAAAACGGGAUUUACUGUAACAGACCUUUCUCAAACCUUUGCUUGUCCAGCAAAUACUGAAUGUGACGAGGGAACAGAUUGUACGCCAUGCAAGGCUCAAGUCUGCGACAAGGAUAAAAUUAAUUGGCGAUGUGAAGGUGAUGAUGUCUACGUGGAUAAUGUGAAAGGAUACUGUCCCAUUGGAUGGACUUGUAACGUAGAUCACAUAGCACCAUGCGAAUCAUGCAUUAAAGAUGAUGGUGAAGAUACAGGAAUUUUCUAUCCUGCCAGUGCACCGAGGGUCCUUCUAACAUCCGGCUCCAUUAUAAUGACUCUAAUUUUAUGCGCAUUUCAAAUGUAUUAAUUUAUUUCAUUAUACAACUAUCAUUUAAUUGCAAUAACUUAAAUACAAAAUGUGUUACGUAAACUUUCGAUAAUAAAAAAAAUGUUUUAAUAUCUA